AAGAUGAAUCGGGUAAAACAAAUUGAGGGCUUUAUUUAUGAUUCAAGUCGAAAUCACUUGGAACGGAUAGAAUUUCUAAAACUAAAUUAUCAUCUGUGCUUGUAUUUAUCCUUGUAUUCAGUUCUUGGCAACGAUGGGAAUGUCGCCACCAUCAGUUAUGGCGAGUCUUUGACCAUCGUAUCACCAAACUACCCAGGGAAUUAUCCAAACCAUGGAAGUGUUCAGUGGCUCGUUUCUGGACCAGAGGUCUCCCAGGUUGUGGCCAAGUUUCACACCUUUUAUCUUCAAUCCGGCCUUGGCUUCCUGCGCAUUGGUUCAGGUCUCAACGUGAGUGACCUUACCUCAAAUCUGGUGCAGUUGUCGGGUCCUUCUCUUCCCGAUGAUGUUGUUUCCAUCAACAAUGAGAUGUGGCUCGUUUUUACUUUCGAUGCCAUCGACACAGCACAGGGAUUUAUGGUGGACAUCAGCGCUUCGACUUCUGGCAAUGUUUCAGAAAGUACUGAUGAAUACCGUAUGGACGAAUGCUUCAGGGAGUCUUGCUUUGGUGUCGAGGAAACGCUUGUAUGCAAAUGCGACGAUAUGUGUCACUUGUUCGGUGAUUGCUGUCCGGGCUUUCCUCUGCCAAUCUUGAAUGGGACUCGAGCAAACGAGACUGCUGGACAACCAAUUGACCUUGAUAUGUGGGAGUGCGUGGUGGAUUCCUUCCUCCCGCAAGUCUACCCACAACUGAAGCAUGGUUACCGGAUGAUUUCAAGGUGCCCCUUGGAGUGGGUCUUUGAUGAGGGCGUCAGACGAAUUUGUGAGGAUGUUCCUGGGAACGGGACUGAUGACGUUCUCUACGCACACGGAGGCUUGUACUUUAAGAACCCGGACUGCGCUACUUGCCAUGGGUUUGACAGAAGCUCAUUGAUCACAAUCAGUCCAUCAGACAUGUGCUCAUGGAGCAAUACUCAUGCACUGGAAUGCACAACGCAAAUACCCAUACCACCAUUUAACUUUUCUGUGAAUAACAAUGGAUCCGAUCGGUAUAUUUCUAAUGUCCAAACUGUCCCAUCACCUCGACUCUGCCUUGUAAAAAUGGUGGAAAGUUGUCCGAACGGGACGAGUACUGAGAUAGCCCAUGAAUGCCGAUAUUACUACAAACCAUUCAUUAGUGGAGGUAUUGUAAAUAAGCAUCCGGUGUGUACUUAUUGCAAUGGGGGUCCUUUGGCCAGGUGUCUUUAUCCUAGGCUGGACGCGCUGCAUGUUCUCGGACCGGAUGGUAAACGUGGACCGGACGAUACAGGACGGAAUUGUAGAUCUGAACCAUCAGGACCCCCAGGACCACCUGGACCACCUGGACCCCCUGGACCGCCUGGAAUGCCCGGUCCAGGCAUUCCAGGUGGUCCAGGGAGUCCAACAAGACUGCCGGAAUUGUCAUGUGAAGGAGAACCUGGACAACCUGGUAUCGCGGAUAUUUUUCUGGAAAUCAACGAGCCCCCCAUGCCCACAAAAGAAUUAUUUGCACCAAAUGGAUUUGAAGAGAAUGAAAACGGCACAUGCACGCUGUUACCUUCCGACUGGCCCGUUUGCUUCUUUAGACAUCUUCAGAUCACCCAAAUUAAUGGAGCAGAAGAGUGUCUAGACAGUGUGCUUUGUUCAACGCAGUCACCACCCUGUCUAAAAAGAUCUCCAUCUUCUGUCGAUAAUGAGACCAUGACAUUUACCUUGUUAAACGAAGCCAUAAACCCUUCCCUGGAUACAAUUCAGAAAGACAUCCUACGACUAAUGCAAACUCCUGGACCUCACCAAUGCUCAACGGUCGGACUUUCAGCUAGUCAAUCUUGCUAUCUCGACGAAAGACAUGGAAAUAUUUCAAAUUAUUGUCCCGAAGAAAUGUUUAUCGGACACUAUUUGAAUUUUAUGCCUUCUGAUAUCAACAACGGGUCUCUUAUCUUCUUCUCUGACGGAACUUAUAUUCGACCGAGAUGGUGGAGCAAUAUCACUAGCUUAGAGAUUAGUAAUGCUAACGUCUCUUCAGAGGAUCAGUUUAUCAUGUGUGGGACAGAGGUCGCUCUCCGAACAUGCGCUUCAUUCAGGGUGUCCAACGAUUCGGUUGAAUGGAUCCAUGAUGAGAAUGAAUCAUACAUUUUGUAUCAGGGGCAGAGGUAUGGUGAGGAUAACAUUCUGAUGCAUCCUGAUUGCUCGAUAAGCAUCUGUUAUCCUGAUCAGAAUAUAUCCAUCGGCGAAAGGGCUCAGAUGAUUGUCGAAAAUAUCCUCUUUGCCAUAUCAUCGGUGUGCCUCUUUGCCACAUUCAUUCCUUACGUUGCUUUUCCGGCCUUCCGGAAUCGCCAGGGUGUAUCCAUAAUGAAUUUUAUCAUCGCUUUAUUCCUUGGACAAAUCUUCCUUCAGUACAUCCGCGUUUCACUUUCCAAGUGGUUUGUACCUUGCAUACUCUCUGCGGCGUUGUCCCAUUUCUUCUUCCUGGCUUCAUUCGUGUGGACAACCAUCCUGGCGUGGGACUUGAGUCGCAGCUUUGCGGCACAUAAGAUGAAAACCUUUUCACCUAGUUCUUUUGGCUGGAGGAUGGUUGCAUUUCUCCUUGUUGGAUGGGGCACUCCUCUCGUGUUCGUAUUGAUCACCCUAGUACUUCAGUUUGGUGGAUUUGAGAAUGGUCUUUUCUUGGAGUACGACCGUAAGAAGUGCUGGCUUACAAAAUGGGCUAACAUAAUAAUGUUCUUCGUCCCAAUGUCUGCAUGCCUACUUACCAAUGUCGCCCUGUUUAUCAUCACGGUACAUGGAGUACAUUCUAUAAAGAAAGCAACAUCGAUGCUGCAACAGGGUCAAGAAUCUCACGUGAAACAGUGGGCUACUGAACUGAAAAUAUACAUAAAGAUCUCAACUCUUCUCGGUUUCGGAUGGUUGUUUGGGUUCUUGGCUAUAGUGAUCAACGUUGCCGUCAUGGAUUACCUCUUCAUCAUCGUCAUUGGUCUGCAAGGUGUCUUCGUGUUCAUUUCUUUUGGUGCCAACAAACGCGUCCGCAAACUCUGGCGAACUUGCUUGGAAAACACUACGGUAUGGACGGCGAUAUCGUCACGUGUUGGUCGUAGUAUGUAGUGCAGGAAAGUGCGAUGGCGCACAUCAAUAGUGAACAUUGAACGUUUUAAUUUAUAAGAGAAGUUGAAAGAAAAAUAAUUUCUUUUAGGCCUCAGCUCUUUACAGAGAUGUAAUGUCAGUAGCAGAUUCAGGGGCGUCCUACCGCCCCUUCCCCGGCAAAACCCAUUCCGGUAUAUACGUUAAAGGUACUACUAUGUCCGAUUUGCAGGCCCAACAAAUGAAAAGGUUAAAUUCCAACGGCAUUUGAAAGACAAUACUAAUUUAGAAC